AUGCGGCUCAAACCGCCCCUGCCCAGCCGAGAACUUGUUACACAUUUACCCCACAUUAAUGAGGCGUCACCGGCUGCUCGGCCUUCGGACCACGGGGAUCCUUCACAGGCAGCCACCCGGCCCCACGGCAGCUAUGGGGGUACCACGGGCCGCGGCGCCAGCAGCCAGACCCCGGCCAUGAGCCGCACACUGCUCCUGCUCCUGCUCCUGCUGCGUGGCCUCACCGCUGGCCGCCCCCCACCCGCUGCCACCCCCCGCCUCAAGCUGUCCUUCCCCGAGCUGCGAGCUCGCCAUGGGCUGCGCCUCUUCUCGCUGGAGCACUCCUGCUGCUACGAGGCCCUGCUGCUGGACGAGGAGCGUGGCCGUCUCUUCGUGGGUGCCCAGAACCACCUCCUCUCUUUGGCCCUGGAUGACAUCAGCCAGCGGGACAGGAAGAUCUACUGGCCAGCUCCCGUGGAGUGGAGGGAAGAAUGCAACUGGGCCGGCAAGGACAUCACUGCUGAGUGCAUGAACUUUGUGAAGAUCCUGCACCCCUACAACCGGACCCACCUGUACGCCUGUGGCACUGGUGCCUUCCACCCAGUGUGUGCCUUCGUCGAGGCUGGCCAGCACGCAGAAGAGCCUGUUUUCAAGCUGGACCUCCACCACACUGAGGAUGGCAAGGGGAAGAGCCCGUAUGACCCCCGGCAUACAGCUGCCUCUGUCCUUGUGGGCGAGGAGCUCUACUCUGGGGUGGCCACCGAUCUGAUGGGCCGUGACUUUACCAUCUUCCGCAGCCUGGGCCGGCGUCCCUCCAUCCGCACGGAGCAGCAUGAUUCUCGCUGGCUCAACGAGCCCAAGUUCGUGGCCGUUUUUUGGGUGCCAGAGAGUGAGGACCCCGACGAUGACAAGAUCUACUUCUUCUUCCGUGAGAUGGCGGUUGAACGGCAGCAGGGGCUGGGCAAGACCAGCUUCGCCCGCAUUGGCCAAAUCUGCCGGAACGACAUGGGCGGGCAGCGCAGCCUGGUGAACAAGUGGACAACGUUCCUGAAGGCUCGGCUCGUCUGUGCUGUGCCAGGACCUGACGGGGCAGACACCUACUUUGACGAGCUCCGAGAUGUUUUCCUGUUGCAGACAAGAGACAAGCGCAACCCUCUGGUCUAUGCCAUCUUCUCCACCUCCAGCUCUGUUUUCCAAGGCUCGGCUGUCUGUGUCUACACCAUGGCUGACAUCCGCCGGGCUUUCCUGGGCCCCUUUGCACACAAGGAAGGUCCCAACUACCAGUGGGUGUCAUACCAGGGGCGUGUGCCAUACCCCCGCCCAGGCAUGUGCCCCAGCAAAACCUUCGGCACCUUUGGCUCCACCAAGGACUUUCCAGACGAGGUGAUCCAGUUUGCCCGUCACCACCCGCUGAUGUAUAACCCUGUCUUGCCCCAUGGCCAGCGCCCCCUCUUCCUGCAAGCCACCGUACCCUACACUUUCACCCGCAUCGCUGUGGACCGUGUCACCGCUGCUGAUGGCCACUAUGAUGUCCUCUUCAUUGGCACAGAUGUGGGCACAGUGCUGAAGGUGGUCUCAGUGCCCAAGGAGAGCUGGCACCGCAUGGAGCCACUGCUGCUAGAGGAGCUACAGGUGUUCCAGGAUGCCUCCCCCAUCACCAGCCUGCAGCUCUCCUCCAAGCGGCAUCAGCUCUACGCUGGCUCUGCCACAGCGCUGGCCCAGCUGCCCCUGCACCGCUGCGGUGCCUAUGGCAAAGCCUGUGCCGAGUGCUGCCUGGCCCGGGACCCAUAUUGCGCCUGGGAUGGCAACACCUGCACCCGCUACGUGCCCAACACCAAGAGGCGUUUCCGCCGGCAGGACGUCCGCAACGGUGACCCCAACGUGCUUUGCUCUGAAGAUCCCAGGCGGGACACCGUGCCCCAGAAGCAACUCUACGGGGUGGAGGGCAGCACCGUCUUUCUGGAGUGCAUCCCCAAAUCCCUGCAAGCCCACAUCCUCUGGACGCACCAGCGCGCCCCGAAUGAUCCCCAGCGAGAGGUGCGGAUGGACGAGCGGGUGGUGCGGACGGAGCGGGGUGUCCUGCUGCGCAGCGUGCAGCGCGCCGACGCCGGCCUCUACCUCUGCCACGCCACCGAGCACGGCUUCACCCAGCCCCUGCUGCGGCUCUCCCUGGAGGUGAUCGGCGCCCGGCAGGCCACGGGCGCGGCGUCUGCCGGAGACCCCCAGCUCGCCGCCGGGAUCCCCGGCCGCAAGGUUUGGUACCGGGACUUCCUGCAGCUGGUGGAGCGCCCGCCGCUGGGGGCCACGGACAAGGUCUGCCAGAGGCUCUGGAGCCGGGGAAGACCCCCGCCGGCGCCCCGCACUCCCGCCGGCCCCCCCGGCCGCGGGCAGGGCGAGGAGCCGCGCAGAGCCCGCCGCCGGCGCACCCACGAGGGGCCGCGGGCCGAGCGGGGGCCGCGCAGCGCAUCCCCCUGGUGA